GCACGUUACAUGUCACGUGAUGCGUGUCACAUGUAACACGUUGCCACGCCCCCUUCAUCUUCUGCCCAGGGACGGGCGAGUAGCGACGCCAGGAAUCGAUACCGGCCGAUACCGCCCUUAUUUUAAUGUAUCUGAUAUCAGCCGCCGAUACUUAAAGGCAAAAAAAAUUGACGUGGAGUAAGGCCUGUUACACACACAAGGAUUUGCCAAGUCUCUACUCAGUUUUGGCCCACAGAUAAGAAUAGGUAGGUAGGACACGUCCCUACGGCAACGUUAAGCUAGGAGGGGCACUUUCCAUGUGCGUGGACGGCAAGACAACCGAGGAUGGCGGUACAUUGUGCUGCACACGGUUGUGCACGGCAAUGAGAAAUUCGAAAUUGAGGAUGCGUGCUUUGGUGUUGACAAAAAAGUAAACCUCAUGAAAAUUGGUUGAGAAAUGAGCAAGUCAACGUCGCCCCCAUCAACAUGGCCGCCACGUAGACGCAUCGGUUAGCUGGCCUGCUACAGUGCGCUCCGAUAAUCUCACCACACACCGAACACCACACACACUAAGAUGUUCCACCAUCGAACCAUCGAUCUCCAAUCUAGCCCUCCAAGACAGAAAUCGAGUGUGAUCGAACGAAAAAAAAAAACAUCGUGGUACAGGCCCUUCCGGAUAUUUUGCACUGAUGUGUGCAGGGUGUGUGUCCCUCCCCCCACCCCGAUUGUUUCCUUGUAGGGCGCGACAGAUAUGGGUUUUUUUCAGGCAGAUUACAGUAUUUGGCAGGAAACUGAUGAAUCGGCCGAUUAAUUUAAGAAACAUAAAAUGAAUAAAAGAACCUCUUUUUUGAUCCCUUAAUGCUUACAACAAUAAAGAUCUGAAUUACAGGCAGAACAUUUGACUGCUUUGCAAUAUUUCUUGACAACACAGAAAGAAAUCAGGGGUUUGCCCUUUUUUCGCCGAUUUUUCCCCGAGGGGGGAUGUUUGGUUGAAUGUCGUUAUCUUUGUCUUAUGCUGUAAUGUGUUCAAAAGAAAAGUCGGCAAGGCGAACAGGGUUAACGUGGGCCGAUUCAUCGGUCGGGCCCUGCCCCCUCGUUCGUCGGUCAGGUCCUUCCCACGUCGCAAUUCUCGGCGUCGUGACUCGGGGAGACGUCGGCUUUCCGCACGCGUGAAGAUUUUUGUUCGUAAAUAUCGAACACGUUGAAUAUUUCAGAUUGUCGCCGCCGACCCGUUUGGAGCCCUAAAAUCAGGACAGAUCCACCCUCGACGCGCCUCGGGCCCGAGGGUCAUCUCGUAGGGCGUACGAUGGCUCGGGAAGGGGCAAAAUCGGCGCUAAAACCGGCCGAUUGUCUUUUUGUGUGUACCGGGCCUACGUCCUCCUGACCAGCGGUUGCCGCGACUCUGCUGCGGUUUGACCCGUUGGCAGAAAGAGGGAAAAUCGAAAUUGGAUGUAUCAGAAGAAAUGGCGCUGUUGGGUAUCGGCGAGUACUCGGACUGGUAUCGGCCAUCCCCGCGGCCGACGCCCACUCCCCCGGACGCUCCCGCGUCGAUUGGUCGCCGGGACCGGCGUGCCGACGUCGCCGUUAGCCGGCCGUCUGUAAAUGUUUGCAAAUCUAUUUUUUCUAUGUAACGUGACGAUCUGGACAUAGAUGUUAUUUUUAUAUCUGGCAGAACAUUUUUGUAAGUAUUUUCUACUUUUGAUAUGUUUGUGUAAAACAAGAAGAUUAUGUACUGUAAAUAUAAAAUACUCCACAACCACUUCGUGCCUGCGUGCGUGCGUGCGUGAAAAGAUCAGCCGCCGUCCCGUCAUUUGCAUGCGCUGGCAAUCAUUGGCCACCGGCCCGCCCGAGGGUCCCCGCGCGUCGCCGCCGGGACCGCACACGCGAGCGGACGCCAUGGAUCGCCGUCAGGUCGUCGGCCUCGCCGCCGUCACCGUUGCCGCCGUCCUGCAGCAAGCCUACUUCUCCCUGCAGGUGAUCAGCGCCCGCAGGAAGUUUGGCGUGCCCCCCCCGUCUACCAGUGGUCCCCCCCACUUUGAGAGGGUCUUCAGGGCUCAAGUGAAUUGCUCCGAAUAUUUUCCGCUCUUCAUCGCCAUCUUGUGGACGUCUGGCGUCUUCUUCAGCCAAGGUGUGUCUUGCGUGUGCGGCGUGGCGUACCUGUACGCGCGCGCGCGUUACUUCCGAGGUUACGCGAUGUCGCCACAGCAACGAAUGUUUCCAAUGUUGGAAGUCAACGAGCCGAGAGAAAGCCGAAGCUCUCCUCCCGUGGCGUCCGUCAACGCAUCGGCGUGUAAAUCCGGGCGGGCGGAGCGGUGCGGUGCGUUCAGGAACUUUGAAAAGUUUCCAGCGGUCACGCGGCGGCGGCGACGGCGACGAAGAGGGAGCCGGCCGAAAAAGACGCCUUGGAGCGACGAGGCAGGCAUGGGCUGCGGCCACAGCAAGAAGAAAAGUAAGAAAGACAACAGCCGACCGAAUGGAGCCAAGCGUGCGCGGGCUGAGCGCGGCGGCGUCGCCGACACGAACGCGGCGGCGGAGGAGAAGCGUCUGGAGCGCUUCGAGCGGCAGCUGAGGACCCUCGACGAAGUGUCGUCGGCCAACGGCGGCGCGGAGAGGGCGGAGCUUCUCAAGGCGCACGCCGACGAGGAAGCGUGCGCGCUGGUGCUCGCUAUACUCGACAAGGUCAAGACGGAGACGAGCGCGCAGCUCAACGCGGUUCAUCAUCAUCGACGACAAGAAACUUUACAGCGACACCUGCGAGAUGUCGAGCGAGUUCGCGAGGAGGUCAAACUUCAGCUGACGGAGAAAUUUCAGAUCGGUGAGAACCUGUUGAAGGGGGAGUUGAGCGAGUUGAAGGCGGAGCUUGAGCCGUACAACGAGCUAAAGAGGCGUGUCCAAGAGUCCACCUUCAAGAAAGAUCUCCUCAGAAACAUUCAGGCGCACGGCAGCCCAGGUGCGUUCUGGGAGUCGGAGCAGGAGUCGUUGCUGUUCGUCAUCGAGAUGAAGAGCGAACGCCUCCGUGAGCAAAGCAAGAAGUUGCAACGUUCGGAACAACUGGCGGAGGAAAAGUCACGCGUGGACGAACAGUUGGCGCAAACGUUGCAGCAAAACGAGGACUUGCGAGUUCGUGUGGACAAAAAUCAAAGCGUCCUGCGACACGUGUGCCGCGAGCACGAAGACGUGCGUGCGUCGUUGGAGCAUCAGCGUUUGUUCAACCAGGUGUUGAUGCGAGAGAAAGAGGAGCUCCUCUUCAAACUCCGACACGGCGACGCGUGCCCCGCCCUCGACGUGGCCGCCAUCGCGCCGUCUUGAUUGGCCCCCGAGGACGUCGCCUUUACAUUGGCCACGCCGCCAACAGGAAGUCCAUUUAAAAAAUAUAAUAAUAAUUCUGGAUGACGCUACAAACUUUUAUUUCACAAAUGCAACAGACUGGAUUUUUUUUUUUUCAGGAAUUUUGAAACUUUUUCAAGAUUUCAGGAGUGCCUCGUGCUGAGUCAUGUGACUGUGAUGUCACUCAGCUUGGGAUGUGCUAGCAUGUUAGGAUGUAGCAUUUAUUUUUGUUAAUGGUUAUAUAAUUAGGAAUUAUGUUUUUUUUUUAUUCUUUUUUUUAAAUAUACAAGUGGUGAGCACGUCCUCAUGUCGAAACGUUACAUGUUGACUUGUGACGUUAGUCAGCAUGUAGCUUGGUCCACCUAAGGAUGUGUGUCAUGUUAAGUGUUUCCGCGCUUUUAAAAUAAAUGUUCCAUUUGAUCACUUAUGUUAGCACUGUAGCAUGUAGCGUCAUUUGAAGCCACUUGUUUGAUUCUACUGUAUGAACAUUUUCUGUGAAUUUGUUUUCAGGUUUUGUUUGUCAAAAGUUUGUUCUUGUUGUUAUGGUGAAAAUGAAAAUGGUAGUCACGCACUCGCACUUUUUCCACAUGCGUGUCAACUUUUUCUUCACGUUCUGUAAAUCUUUUUCAAGUGUUGUGAGUUUCUGCGCAUGUUUUUGACGGCAUAAUAAAAUGUUCA